AUGUCGCAACCUCGCCCCAAUCCGAGCCCAGGGAGGCGUGCGGUCGAACGAGAGACUCACCAUCAAAGGACUGCCGAAACCCCAUCACGACCAUCUAGCCACAACACCUCUACCCGACAGACGCCAACUCAUCCACCUCAACAACCUUCCCAUCAGACACCGCUUCGUACUCGAAGACCGGACGACAUGAGCCUAGGCAUGACCCCGCUGCGACAUCAAUCAUCCGGAUCCAAUCCUCGAUCAGCCAACACAACUCCUCGACCUAGACCCUUCGCGCAACCUACCAUUCUACCAUCAGCUAGCGUUCCUCAAACAAAUCCCUCUCAAGCCGGGUCCCCGUUCACACAGACAGGAUCUUCCCGCCCAUCUUUGGGUACAUCGACCUCGCAGAAUAGCUCUGGAGCCCUGCAGCAAGGUGUCUUUCAGCGAAUCGCAUCACAACAGAUCAAUACGAUCGUGACUCGCCUCAAUGCGUUUGACAAUCAUGUCAAGGAUAUGCGGGACCUCAAGCAGACGUGCGACCGGCAGACACAGGAGGUGACAAGCUUGCGGUCCACCGUCACAGCUCAGGCCGCAAAGAUCUUGAGGUUGGAGAAUCAGGUCGAGGAUAUCCAGUUGAGACGAGGAGCCGCAGCAGUAGACGUCGAUUCCCGGGAUUCCGCCAUGAUAUCUCGAUACGUUCGUUUGGCGACCGAGUUCCUGUACGGUCGUGACACCAAGCCCCCGCAACCGUACCCGGCUGAAGGCUCGAUCUGGCCAACCAACAAGACGGCAAAUGAAGGCUCAUCAGCUCUGCGCGGCGCGCCCGCCAUGCGAUGGGACUUCACAAAAUCCUAUACACACACCUCAAAUGUCACGGAGACCACCAAGCUCCUGACCUUCGUCGAAAAUGACAACCAUCGAGAAGCCGUUGGUCUCCCCCAUGACAUGCCCGCCGCCUCCAUCCCCGACUAUCGCGCCUUCGCCGACCUCUAUCGUGCCAGUGCAGCCCGCCUCUUUAGAACCCUACGGGAGUCCUUCGAUAGACAGGCCGUAAAGGAAUGGAAGAGCCAGGGUCGAGAGAAGGUGCUGAAGGAGAUCAAGGACCUCGAGAGAGUUGAUAACGGGACGGGAGAGAUGGCGGCGUCGAUUCAAGAAAGGAGAUCCCACCUGGACGCCCAGGAUGCAAGGAUGGAGAAACUGGAGCCUAAUCGUUCGAAGGAUCAGAAGAGGAUCAUCGGUGCGCGCUUGCAGACCACUCUCAAGUGGGUGAAAGAGAGGCGACCACUUACCGAAUACGCCAGUGACCGCUACAACUGGCUCGACCAUAUCUUCUGCUUGAUCCCCGUCGUACCCAUCACCGGGACUGACGGAGCUAUCCAAUGCUACUGGCCGAUCCGAGAUGGAGUAUAUUCGCCGCUGUUCCAGCAGAUCUAUGAUACCGUCUACAACACCGAAUAUCCCAGAAGCAAGCUAACUGGGACAAGUGCGAAAACGGACGACAACAUGAGCUUGCCAGCGGAACCGCACCUGCCUACUCGCCUGACAGACUUACACAAAGCGCCUCAGAGAUGGAUGUUCUGUCCGGAGUGGCUCGAAGAUAAUCAGGAUCUCUCAGACUUCAUCGUCCCAGUUGACGUACCGACUUCGAUCGAGGAAUGCGCGGCGCUUGACUGGGUGAUCCGGCGAACCGGUAUCCAUGGAUCCGCAACGGCGGCUCGAGCUCGAUCGCUGAGCACACAACCCAGCCCCAGCCCGAUGAGCUUCCCGAGCAUGCCUUCGUCUUCCAACAACUCACAAGGCUCCUCCGGCUUCAUGCUUCCACCCUCCAACCCCGUUACUGGGAAACGCACGAGGGUCCUCGAUGGCACGCCGUCUGGAGACGAAGACGAGAACGAUGAACCCCGGAGCUACGACCCUGAUAGAGACGGACCGAGGAGCAAGCAUCAGCGCCAAGGUUCUUACACGCCGAGUAUCAGAUCCCCACUUGCCAAUGAACCUCCGUACAUCCCCGAACCUGGUCCGAGCACCCGCGUCCCGGCGAGCUUCCAUCUGAAUGAUCAGCAUCGAAAUCUGCGGUCUCUCAGCAUCGAGACGAACGGAUAUGAGGGUGCCCAACACAAUUACGAAUCUUUCUCGAAAUUUCCUGUCAGCAACGGUCACGUAGGUCGACAAGAGUUUCAGCCUCUACCCGCACCGCAACACAGCAACUCCGGCUUGCCGCCACUGACCGAUGACGAUUUCAACAUGGCAAGCCAACAGGGCUACAUCGACCCCGAGAUGGCCAAGAUGUUGCAAUCGUUCCUCGCCACAGGUGGCCAAGCCGGCCAGGGAGGGAGCGCGGAUUACGAUUAUCUGAUGUCGCUUGGCCUGUUGCCUGCGCAGGAGGACGAUUACAUGGGCGCGGAUCAAGAUGAGGGUCAACACAGACCGGGAGUCGGACAGCAAUGA